AUGUUGAUCCGCAUUGAUAGGCCAGCAUUUCAACCGGUGUACCACUUAAAAAAUGUUUCAUUUGUGAACAAUAACUGCAAUACGGGUUAUGGAUGGAGCUGUAUUCAUUUAGCGGCCUUGAAUAGUAAUUGCUCGUUUCACUUGGAACAGAGCACAUUCCUAAACAAUCUAGGCCCUUCAGGAGUAAUACGUAUUGUUUCGUCGCCACUCGCCAUAUCCAAUACUAAAUUUCGGACGAUCAUCAACAACACUGAAUUUCGCAACAAUUCUGGAGGUGAUAAAUGCAUCCUUGAACUACUCGACGUUUACGCCACUGAAAUUCAAAACUGUAAUUUUACCGAUAACUUUGGAGGCGUGGUUAGUUCGCACAUACGCAUUUUUCCAGGGAAGUUGACAUUCUGGAAUAACACCUUUUAUCAGUCGGCAGAAUCUCAAGUGCUUUAUGAUGUGAAAGGAAAGUCAAAAGAUUUUGUGGCAUUUAGUGGAUUUUUGACAGUAACACAGUCUGAAUUUGUCGAAAUUCGUAACAGCUCCUUUAUUUUGGAUCCUUUUAGUGCAGAAGGCAAAGCUAUCGUUGUUGUUGAAGGAGCGGGAGAGGGUAUCUUGGACGACUCUGUGCAAAUUGCGUCACCAAUCAACACCAAGCUUAAUAUGCGGAGAAUACAAACAUAUACUCAUCACGAAGGAGUGACCAAAGAAUUGGUUUGGAUCAGUACCGAGCGUUGUCCUGUGGGAACUUACAGUAUCCGUAGAGGCAAACAGAGUGGCUACAGUGUCAAGGAACUAGUGAAUUGUUAUCGUUGUCCAGUUGGCGGAAACUGUUCAUCUUCUCUCGCUGCUCAGCCCAACUUUUGGGGUUAUCCUGUAAAUAAGGACAGCGUUUCCUUUCAGCUUUGUCCAGAAGGUUACUGCUGUUUGCCAUCUGUUGAUAACAAAUGCUCCUAUAACAACAAUAGCUAUCUGCAUUCCGGUUGCCAAGGCAACAGGACAGGUAUUCUUUGCGGACAAUGUAAACAGAAUUUCAUCGAAGGUUUAUUUACAACAGAGUGUGUUCGAGCGAAAGACUGUACCCAUCAUUGGUAUUUGGUUGUUUUUUUCGCACUCACGUCAUUAUUUGCCUUGUAUCUCGUUAUAAAAAACCCGGUGUUUGAGGCAAUGGGAGAACAAUUAACAUGGUUCAUUCGGAGACGCGCAGAGGAUAAUGACCAAGUUAUUGGCAGCCCUAACAGCACGGUCAGAGAAAGUGUCUCUCCAAACUAUGGCUUUUCAAAGAUUAUCUUUUACUUCUAUCAAGUGGCUGGAGUAUUGACCGUGUCCUCAUAUGGGGUCAAAAAUCUAUUGCGAAAUGAGAUUGUCUUGCCCUUUACUAAUCUUUUGAACUUAAAACUAUUUGCCAAUACUAACUGGAAGAUUUGUCCUUGGCCGAUUUUCAGCCCACGUUUAAAAUCAGUGUUCCCCUUGGUGACAGUAGUGACCAUUCUCCUCUGGAUUCUAGUUAUUUAUCUUCUACACAGAGAUCUAAACAAACUACGCAAGCGGGGGCCAACUUUUCCGCCAGCUGGUCCUUACUUUGGAGCUGUCCUGGAAACAGUGCUGCUAGGUUACUCAGCAGUAACUGGCACAAUAGUGCGAUUACUCCACUGCGUUAGCAUUCAAGAAGUGCACCACUGGUACCACGAUGCCCAGUACGUUUGCUACCAAUGGUGGCAGAAAACUGCUUUUUACGUCUUUGGUCUAAACUUGUUUCCGUUUAUACCCACGUUGUAUUUCGCUUCGCUGCAACUCUUUCGUGGCAAGAUUUCAACAAAGAUAUUUCUGCUGGUAAGCAUCCUACCUUUUCCUUAUCUCCUCUUUCUUUUGUAUCAUUACGUAAAGAAAAUAAUAACCAAGAGAGCGGACUAUCAAGCAGUCCCUUCAACUGCCGGCUCAGUUCACGAAGAAGAACGUGACACAAAUUCUUCCACAAGUAUCAAAGCGUCACUUCUUGAGGUUCUCUGCGGUCCAUUUACAAAGCCACAAGGUGACCAAUCAAACGGAAGGAUCUACUGGGAGAGCAUUCUCAUUGGUCGUCGAUUCCUCAUAAUUGUGAUUGGUUGGUUGCUGUUGGAACAAGCGCUUAUGCGUUCCGUGCUUUUGACAAUCUUUUGCCUCCUUUAUUUGUGGCAUCACAUAUCCUAUGAGCCCUUCGCCCACCCUUGGGUCAACUUCACCGAAACCGUCUCCUUGGUAGCCUUGGUCGUUAUAGGAGUACUAAACGUGGGCCUUGCAUCGGCAGGAAGUGACGUCAGCGGUAUCAAUCAACGGUAUUUCCCCAUUCUUUUGAUGUCAGAGGCAGUAUUACUGAGUGUUAUACCUCUUGUUUCCGUUACUUUCCUCAUCUUGUGCCUUCUUUCGCAAAUUGUACGGGUGGUGAUCUUCUUAUGGAAAGCUGCUCGAGCAAGAUGGUUAAUUUUUAAAAGAAAGUGUAACAUACAGUUGUCCGUCCAGGGUGGAGACGAGAGUUAG